GUACGCGUGUAUAGUCCCCACGAACAUCCUGAGACUCACGAAAAAAAUAAUGUAUUCAGAUGAUUUGCCUCAUAGCCAAAUUGUUACUCCUCCUUCGGUGAGAGUAAAGUUGAAUCCUGCAUUUAUUCCACUUGAACUUCGCGCAACAUCGACCGUUAAGCCUGAAACAUGUUACGAUAAGGCCAGAGCGAUGUUACAACUUGAAGAGGUGCCUGAUCAUUUGCCCUGCCGUGAGAGGGAAUACAAGCAGAUUUAUGACAAGGUAAAAUCUGCAAUCGAAGAAUUUUCAGGACAUCGAAUUU